CAGUCUGCAACAAUGAUGGAUAUGUUGCCUGAUGCCAUCAUCCAACAAAUCCUAUCACAUAUAAGCCAUGCUAGAGAUGUUGCAUCUUGUAGCUGUGUCUCCAAAAGGUGGAAAGACUGCAUUCCUUACAGCCCAUCACUCUACUUCCCACGCAAUGCCUUUCAUUCUGUUGCUGAUGCUGAUGCCAUAAUAUGCCGAAUAGUCUCCAUUGUCCUGCGCUUGGAGGAGUUAGUUGUGUACUGCCCCUUUUCAACAUCAAGCCUUGCUUCAUGGAUCUCCCUUCAUAACAGUUCUCUUCGAAUUCUAGAGCUUCGAAUGGACAGUGCAGUUGACAAGUUUUUUGGCAGUGAGGGAAAUGGUGAUCGAGUGGACUGUAUAGGUGCAGCGCAUAACUUGGAAGCUCUAAAGCUUUGGGGUGUGUCCUUAACCAGGUCUCCAAACUGGGGCGUUUUUAAGAGACUUAGGACCUUGGCGAUCAUUGGAGCAGCACUUUGUGAUGAUGCUGUGAAGGAUACUAUUAAAGCUUGUCCUAAUCUGACUGAUUUGGCACUGCUUUCUUGUGAUGGAGUUACAACACUAUCCAUAGAGUUGGAGUGGCUGGAAAGAUGUAGGCUUGAUUUCUUAGGCCCAGGAAAUUGUUCACUGUCUGUGAGCUCAAUGAGGCUCCAGGUGCUUGAAAUCCAAGGUUUUAGUUGGGUCCGUGUUAACAAAAAUCAUAAAUUGAGGAGCCUCUGCAUUUCUAAGAAUACAGGCCGAUUAUAUGGAGUUGAUACAGGAAAGCUAGUGGACUUGGAACAUUUGUCUCUUAGAGGAAUUCAAUGGAGCUGGAAUGCAAUAAGCUCCGUUCUUCAAUGUGCAAGUGAUGUGAAACACCUAGUUAUGAAGAUUGAGUUCUGUGGGGAUUUUGAGACUUUGCAGCCAUUUCCAGAGAUUGAUUUGGUAGAAUUCUUUAAUAACCACCCAAAGUUGAAAACUUUAGAAAUUCAUGGAGCCAUGUUUGCAGCUUUAUGUCAAAAGAACAGUCUCAAGAAAUUGGAUUCAAAUUUUGUGAUUCCCAGUUUGGAAGAGGUCCUGAUAACAGUGAGAUCACCAUUGAAUGCUGAGCAGAAGCUCAACACUCUUGAAUCAUUGGUUGAUUUCAGCGUCAAGUUGCGGAAGAUGGUCAUUAGAAUUUCCCAGAUGAAGAACUGCCAUGAAACCGCCGAUGAUUUCUUUGAGGAGAUAUGCAGAUUCAAGCAUUUGAAUAACGACAUUGUUCACAUUGAAUAAAUGAGUUUAUUUCAUAAU